CGGCUCCUUAGGCGGCGGCGGCGGCGGCUGCGGUGAGCGCCGAGCAGAGCGGGGCCCGGGCCAUCUCGGUGGCAGCGACAGGAGCCUUUGCCGUCCUCGCGCGGUGCCCGGCACAAUGGAGCCCGCCGUGUCGCUGGCGGUGUGCGCGCUGCUCUUCCUGCUGUGGGUCCGCGUGAAGGGGCUGGAGUUCGUGCUCAUCCACCAGCGCUGGGUGUUCGUGUGCCUCUUCCUGCUGCCGCUGUCGCUCAUCUUCGACAUCUACUACUACCUGCGCGCCUGGGUGGUGUUCCGGCUGAGCAGCGCGCCGCGCCUGCACAGCCAGCGCGUGCGGGACAUCCAGAAGCAGGUUCGAGAAUGGAAGGAGCAGGGCAGCAAGACUUUCAUGUGCACUGGGCGCCCUGGCUGGCUCACCGUCUCACUGCGGGUUGGGAAGUACAAGAAGACACACAAAAACAUCAUGAUCAACCUGAUGGACAUCCUGGAGGUGGACACCAAGAAGCAGAUUGUCCGCGUGGAGCCCUUGGUGUCCAUGGGUCAGGUGACCGCCCUGCUGACCUCCAUUGGCUGGACACUGCCUGUGCUGCCUGAGCUCGACGACCUCACAGUGGGGGGCUUGAUCAUGGGCACAGGCAUUGAGUCAUCAUCCCACAAGUACGGCCUGUUCCAGCACAUCUGCACCGCCUACGAGCUGGUCCUGGCCGAUGGCAGCUUCGUGCGGUGCACCCCGUCCGAGAACUCAGACCUGUUCUAUGCUGUGCCCUGGUCCUGCGGGACCUUGGGAUUCCUGGUGGCUGCUGAGAUCCGCAUCAUCCCCGCCAAGAAGUAUGUCAAGCUUCAGUUUGAACCAGUCCGGGGCCUGGAAGCCAUCUGUAACAAAUUCACCCAGGAGUCCCAGCGGCGGGAGAACCACUUUGUGGAAGGGCUGCUCUACUCCCUGGAUGAGGCUGUCAUCAUGACCGGCGUCAUGACUGAUGAAGCAGAACCUGGCAAGCUGAAUAGCAUCGGCUGUUACUACAAGCCCUGGUUCUUCAAGCACGUGGAGAACUACCUGAAGACAAACCAGGAGGGCCUGGAGUACAUUCCCCUGAGACAGUACUAUCACCGCCACACGCGCAGCAUCUUCUGGGAGCUCCAGGAUAUCAUCCCGUUCGGCAAUAAUCCCGUCUUCCGCUACCUCUUUGGCUGGCUGGUGCCCCCCAAGAUCUCGCUGCUGAAGCUGACCCAGGGUGAGACCCUGCGGAAGCUGUACGAGCAGCACCACGUGGUCCAGGACAUGCUGGUGCCCAUGAAAUGCCUGAAGCAGGCCCUGCACACCUUUCACAACGACAUCCACGUCUACCCCAUCUGGCUGUGCCCAUUCAUUCUGCCCAGCCAGCCUGGCCUGGUGCACCCCAAGGGAGACGAGGCCGAGCUCUAUGUGGACAUCGGUGCAUACGGAGAGCCACGCGUGAAGCACUUCGAGGCCAGGUCCUGCAUGCGGCAGCUGGAGAAGUUUGUACGGAGUGUGCAUGGGUUCCAGAUGCUAUAUGCCGACUGCUACAUGGACCGGGAGGAAUUCUGGGAGAUGUUCGAUGGCUCCUUGUACCACAAGCUGCGCAAGCAGCUGGGCUGCCAGGAUGCUUUUCCUGAGGUGUAUGACAAGGUCUGCAAGGCUGCAAGACACUGAGCCCAGCCUCCAGGAGAGACGCAGGCGGGUGGACCUGCGCCUUCCCUUCACCCAGCUUAGCUGCCUUCCCAAACCCACCUUUUCAGAAAGAAACCCCUCCAGAAAUCCCACCCAGACAGCCCCGUCAGUGUCCCGUGAUGUCUGGGGCACCCUGGUCAGGUGCAGAGAACGUGGGGCUGGGAGUCAGCCCGCCCUGUAUCUGGGUCCCAGGGUAGCCACUCAUUUGUGUGACUCUGGGUGCGUCACUUAACCCUCUGCACUCCAGUCUCUCCAUCAGGCAAAGCAGGUGGUUGUGCCUGCAGACCGUCGUCCAAGUCAGCGCCUGUCACAUGGAAGGUGCUUUGUACACGGUACCUAUUAUUACUUCCCACUCAGCAUCACAUCGGACUGAAGUGCUUUGGAUUCAGCAGUUGAACCCAGAAAGACUCCUGCUAGAUCACCCUGUGCACAGAUUUGCCUGGCGUGAUGAAGGGGACACCCAGGAGUUGCAUCACCAUUGCCUGAGUCAGCCAGAAGAGCCCCUUGCGGGGAAAAGGACAGCUCCUCUGCACCCCGGGCUCCCAGUGGGGCAACAGUAGGGCAGGCAGGUCCAAGAUGUGCUGUGCCAAAGCCAGGUCCGAUCCAAAGUUCUGCCUGCUGUCCUUGGCAAUGUCCUGCCUGCUGUCCUUCCCUCAGGCCUGCAGGCCUGCCCCAGCCAUCGAUAAGCCCAUUAAGAGCCGUGUCCGGGAGGCUGCUGCAGAGGAGCCUGAGCUGUGAAGCAGAUCCAGAGCACCUGGACGAAUUCUUCUUGGCUUCCCACUCCCUAAACCCCUUCUUGUUCCAGUACCAACUUAGUCACAGUGGGGUGCGUCAGCGUUGGGCAGGGGCUGCAGAGUGGAGUCCCCGUCAUUGUGUUCUGUGAGGAGUCUCGCUGUGGGGCUGAAAGAAAGAAGCAUCAGCUGGAUUUUCUCCUACCCCUCAUCUCCCCUUUUCUUUCUCCCACCCCCAGCUGUAGUUAAUUUCAGUGCCUUACAAAUCCUAAGCUCAGAGAAAGUUAGUUCUGUUUCCGUUCAGAGGGAAGGGAACCUCCAAGGCUCCCUCUGCCUUGCUAUCCAAGUGUGGUUGUUUAUGCAACUCCAUCCUAAAAACUGCCAGCCCUGGCUGGAGCCCAGAGUCAUGUACUGGAAGGAGCUGGGGAGACACAGAGCUGAGCCGGGUCAGCAGUGAUUGGAGAUACUGGACUCGGGACUUGGUGCUCAGUCCCUGCUCUCCUGUCCACAAGCUGUGCAUCUGCAGGCAAGUAUUCGUCCCUGCGAGAGUUUCCUCAUCUGUCACAUGGACCAGGUGAGGUCUCCCUGCAGUCCUUCCAGCUAAAAUCUUAAGGCACCAAUGUUGCAAAUCCCAGGGAACCAACCCUUGUUUGUGUUGAAAGAAGAAAAGUAAAUGAUACAGGUGACACUUAGGGAUUAUCUGUCACUUAAGGUCCUUCAGUCCCAAGGCCUGUUCCCGUCUCAUUUUAAGGCUCAUCUGGCGCUGACCAGGAAGUGUCCAUCUCGCCCCUCCACAUGCCAGAAUCCUUGUAGAGUCGCCCUCUGACUGAAGGAUGCUCUCCCAUACCCACAUGGCUGGGCUCACGGCAGAGUGUCCUAGCAUGGUCGUGCAGGCACUGGGUGCCUUUGUGGCAUUCUGAAAGUUAAGCCUCCCCUUGCCCAUUUGGCCCCUGGAAGAGGCGGAAGAGAGACUUCGUUUGCUAGUGUGAAAAGCACAUGACUCCAGCAUGUGUGCCCCUCACUCAGCGCUAAACUAAUGACUCUACUUGGUGUAGAUGAAUGGUUACCUGAGCUAGAUUAAUCCACCAGCAGAAGUACCAUUUCACCUUCAGAGCCUCCAUCCUGAAGCCACUGGGCUGCACCACAGCUGUGUCACCCUUACUCCUCUGAUCAGAAUCCAGGCCUCCACAGACCAUACCUGGGCCCCAGAAGGGAAGAUGUUUGGGGUCACACCAGCCUCAGGUAAACAUGGCUCCAGUGACAUCUUGUCUGGAAAGAGGCAGUCAAGUCUUCCAAGCAUGGUGGGCGAAGUUCCAGCUUUUUCUUGCAGUGUGUCUGUCCGUCUAUGCAGUGGGCUUCCAACGGAGUUCAACUUGGUGCCAGUGAGCAGUGUGUGUGUAAAGAGCUGUGUGCCUCUCCCUUCCAGAGCCCUAGUUUUGGCUGCAUGUAGGAUUUCUGUAAGAUCAGAGUUGGAGCCACUUUCUUUGGCUGGAAGAUAGAUUAUUGGCUGUUGCUGAAAGGGAAGAGGGGUGGCUGUGGCUAUGGCUGUGGCUAUGGCACUGUAUGUGUGUGAUUUUUAUUUUUUCUCUUUGGUCACGAGGACCAAGGAGAAAGGCAUGAGUUUUCCGUCAGGCUUGCAGCUGCAGGGACUGUGCCCCUAGGACUCGCGUUCCUAUGCUGUGGGGCCACUGCUUCUGUACAAAUAAAAGUCUGGCCUGAAGUUAGCCUUUGUCCUUUCUUGCUCAGGGCACCACAGUAUGGAGUCAGACAUGGGUUCAGAUGCAGCUGCAUCACUCCAGCUCAGUUGUCCUCCAAACCCACAUGCCCACGUACAAGGGCUAAAAGAACAUUGUGGUGGGGGGAGCAGGGCCAACAAGUCAAUUUCUGUCAUUUUCCCAGGUGAUCCAGAGUAGGUGUUACUGAGACCUCUGCAAGGGGGUGGCAGUGACAGGUGAGCAUCCAGGUAAGGUAGCUUGGGUCAGGAUGGGGGCUGACCUUCAUAAGGGCCCAGACGUGGUUAUCAGAUCUGGCUGCAGUCCUGGCUUUGUCACUCAGUUAUGGCCAACUAAUUAGGACAAGCUAGUCAUGUUAAGAGUGUUUUCCUCAUCAGCUGGUGGAAACCACCAGCCGACCACCAAGAUGCAUUCCUUGCUCUGUGCACAGCUGGGCUCCACUUCGCACCCUCACAUUCAGGCAGGGCAUUGGGUUAACUUCUCCAAGGCAGUGUGAACAGAAGUAAAAACUGCACACGUUCACUGGACUCUUCUAUGACAGUGGCUGGAUGCAAAUGACAACCAGACACAGGUAGGGGGGAAGUCGUCACUUGGAAGGAGCCUGGCUCCCCUUCACUGAGAGCUAACUGCCCACCACCCCAAACCCUGCCCUGGAUUGUAAGAGAACAGGAAGUAGGUUUACAUUGUUGAGCCACUACAUAUCUGGAAUUAGUUUAGUGAACUCGGUAUAUAAAAGUUGUGUUUAAUGCAAUAACGUUUCGUGCAAAUGAAAGGGUGUAGAUGAUGGACAUUUCCCAAAAAUGUAUGCAAUGUGUGUCUCCUAAAGUUACUUGCAAGGACCUCCAGGAAAUUCCCUUUCCAAUUGUUCAGUUCUACAAAUUGGAUUUUGUGUGUCUCUUUAAAGGAGAAAUCUUUAACAUCUGUUAUGUUGUCAGCUUUCUAUCACUAUAACAAAAUGUCUAAGAAAAUCACCUUAUACAGGGAAAGGGUUAUUUUGACUCAUGGCUUUGGAGGCUUCAGUCCAUGAUCAUGGCCUUGCUGCUUUAGUGGGAAAGUGGUGGAGCAAAGCCCUCCAUUCACAAGCCUAGGGGCAGAGAGAAGCCCAAGGACAGGCCAGGUGCUGUCGUCCAUGUAAGGCCACACUCCCAAGGACCUGAGUCAGUCUCAGGUUCCCCUGGCACUGGGCCUUAGGGAGACAUUCCAGAUCUAAUACAGUGACCCUCAAAACCACCUUUGCAGUUUAAGCUCUAUCACCGUAUGUUUGAAUAGCACACAGCAUGCGUUAUCUUACUGAAUCCUCACAUAACCAGAAAGGAGCAGUUUCAGCCUGGCAUGGUGACUCACACUUGUAAUACUAGCACUUUGGGAGGCUGAGGCAGGAGGAUCACAGUUGAAAUUUAGUAACUCAGUAGAACCCUGUCUCAAAAUGUUUUUAAAAGGGCUAAGGAUAUACCUCAGUGCAAAGACUUUAGGUUCAAUUCUCAGUACUAAAAAGGGGGUGGAGAGAGCAGUGUCCCCAUUUUACAGGUGAAAAAA